AGCUCUCCUCAUCCCACCUUCUCCAUGAGCCGAAGAGGAGAGCCGCGCCAAAAGUGCUACCUCCUGUCCACGAUUCUCGCUUCUGACUUCUGGACCCUCUGUUCCGAUACCUAGCGGGAAGCGACCGACUCGGGUCCCACGAAACAAUGGCGUCGCUCAAUCUCUCGACACACGGCCCCUCGAUCAGGAGCAGCUACCAAGGCGUCAUCAACGGCCCUGCCGCCUCGUCGACCUCGCCAACCACCGCGCGAUGGGCUCUCUUUACCGUGCAGGCGCCGCUGCUGAACGCUUUCCAGAAUACCGGCGCAAAGGAGAGCAUCUUGAAGGUCGAGAGCACUGGUGACGGCGAACUUGCCGAUCUUGUCGAAGAGUUCAACGAAGGCCGCAUUCAGUUCGCCUUCGUCAGAGUCAAGGACCCAAAUACCGGCCUUCCCAAGAAUGUCUUGAUUGCUUGGUGCGGCGGAGGCGUCCCCGAGCGCACCAAGGGCUAUUUCACGAGCCAUGUCGCCGCCGUUUCCAAGGUUCUUCACGGUUACCACGUUCAGAUCACAGCGCGCUCUGAAGCCGACCUCGUUCCCGAAGAUAUCAUGCAGAAGGUGGCCGACGCAUCGGGCGCCAAGUAUUCGGCCGGGACAUCUACCCCGUCCCCUGCAGUCGCGCCCCCGCCAAUUGCAAAGAAGCCUGUUUUUACCCCCACGACGUCCGGUUCCGGGUCUUCCUUCAACCCGCUCGUUGCUUCGCGCACACAAAGGCGGGCUGAUGCCGACGACGGCGGCUGGGGCGCCGACGCACCCCCGGUCACACGCACCGAGCUUCAGAAGGUCGAGUCCGCUUACAAGCCGACCAAGGUGGACAUUGCGAGCCUGCGAAAGAACAAGGACGAAUCCCGGUCAAGCGCGCCCUCAGGGCAAGACGAGCGGCCCAGUGAUGUAGUCAAGGGCGGCUAUCAGCCGGUCGGGCGAGUCGACAUCGCUGCGCUCAGGGCGCAGGCGAAGGAACAGGAUGAGCGUCCCACCGCGGUAAAGGGCGCCUAUGAACCCGUCGGCAAGGUUGACAUAGCUGCCAUCCGGGCAAGGGCACAGCCUCGGCCAGCCGAGCCGGCGGAGGAGUCAGCGCCGCGAGAGAGCUUUGUAGAACGCAGCGCUGCCUUUACGCCAUCGGAGCGGCUUACCGAGCUGCCAAAGCCCAAAGUUGCCAAAAAGUUUGGCGCCACGCCUUUCGCGGGCACCAAAGCUCCAACUCCUGUCGGCCUGGGUUUCGGUGCUCUGUCAGCUCCGGCGCCGCCGCCUGUUGGCGCUGCCAGCCGGACGUUUGCUGAUCAGGGCGGCAAGACCCCGGCCCAGCUCUGGGCUGAGAAAAAAGCGAAGCAAGCCGGCGCAACCCCGAGUGCUGCGUCCCCGGCAGCCACGUUGCCGAUCACGGCCCAGAAGAGCGGCAGCGAGUGGAAGAGCGGCUAUUCCGGCAAAUCUUGGGCAACGGCACCGACCCCCGUUUUUGGCCGCGGCGGCGUAGAGAAACAGAAGACGGGAGGGACCGAGCAGUCGGAGCCGGAGGCGCAGCAACCUGCCGUCACAGGUGGAAGUGUCUCGGCACUGCUCGACAAAUUCAAGGGCGCGGCGCCUAUGGGCACCGCAAUUCGGUCCACCGCAGGCGAGGUUGACCAGAGGGAAGAGGAACCAGCCGCGCCGCCGCCGCCGCAGAUGGACAGCCGUCCUGCCGGUGGCUUUGCUCUCCCUGGUCUGCCGUCUCGGCCUGCUGCUGCGAACCAGGAGGAGGAAGACGAAUCCGAGGUUCCGCCGUCCAUCCCGUCCCGCAACUAUGAGGAACGCGAGCCAUCGCCUGUUCGGGUCGCGAUGCCGGUCCCUCGUAGCGCUGCCACUGAAAUCGAACCGGCGGAACAGAGCCUUCCUCCCCGACCUGUGCCCGUUCCGCAGGGGCUUCCAAAGGAGGAGGAGCUGCCCGCUGAGCCCGAGACUCACGAUCCACGAGCCGCGGCCAUCGCUGUCGCGUCUGUUGCUAGCGAGGCGGCAGACCGCGCUGCAGACGGCGGGUCAGGGGCGGCCGCUGGGCCAACGGGUGGCAGAAAGGCCCUGAUUCAGUACGACUACGAAAAGGCCGAGGACAACGAGAUUGAUUUGCGGGAAGGCGAAUAUGUCACCAACAUCGAGAUGGUAGACGAUGACUGGUGGAUGGGCACCAAUGCUCAGGGUGAGAGCGGUCUGUUCCCCAGUAACUAUGUUGAGCUGGUGGAUGAUGAUGAAGAGGCUGUUGCCCACGAACCGGCUGCGGCCGCUCCGGCUCCGGCUCCGGCUCCCGCCCCUGCUCCUGCGGAACAGGCGCCCGAGGCCAAUGCCGAUGGACCCACGGCGACGGCGCAGUUUGAUUAUGAAGCCGCAGAAGACAAUGAACUGAGUUUCCCAGAAGGAGCCAAGAUUACAGGCUUGGAAUUCCCAGACGAGGACUGGUGGUUUGGUCACUACCAGGGGGCGUCGGGCCUUUUCCCUGCCAACUAUGUCCAGCUUGAUUCGUAACUUGAACGAUGGGUGAUGCGCUGGCAGGCGAGUGGAUGAUGCGUAUGUGGAACAGUCCGUGCCUUAGCUAGAGCAGCCUUCUUUGUGUUUAAUGCCCUUCCCGGAGGCCAGGGCAGGAAAAAGCGGAUUAGAAACAGGAUGAGAUUCCACCGUCAUCUUGGUGUCGUUGUGUGCUUGGUCGGUGCGGUUAUGUCUGCAUCAAGACAGGUAGAUGUGCUCGAGGCCCGCAGAAAUCAAGUGCAUGAAUCAGAAAGGCAAUGCAAGCUCGAGUGGGCUCCAUAGGCUGGUCAGCUUCCAGG